AUGAAAGCAGCCCUGAUGGAAAACGGGAAGAAACUCAUCGGCUGUGAUAAUUACAUUAGUACUGUCUUAAGCAAAAGUAAAGACAUCGAUUCUAGUCCUCCGAAUACUCAUCUGCCUAUAGAAAAGAGAGAUAGUCAGAGCUCGGUUAGUACGCAAAGUAGUGGAUCGACAUCUGGAUCUAACACUUCGAACGGCCCAGUUUGUCUUAUCGGAUCCUUGGACGUAGUAGACGGAGAGUUAGCCAGUAAACCGCACAAACCUUUGGCGAGAGUAAUCCAGGAUAUCGACGGAUGUCACGAAGAAGUUCAUCAUACGCCACUUCAUAGACCAAGAGCGGACAAUAAAGAUUUAAUCAGACCACAAACGAAAGCUCUACAGAGGCCGUCAAAAGGAAGCAAAUUUUGUUUGUUCGGAGAAAUGGAAAAAGUUAAGUAUGGUUCGGUGAUUAAGUUCCUCCACAAAAAGGGUACAACAAAUGUGCAAAUCAAAGCCCCUUCGUUAGCAACAGUAAAAUUUUGGAAAGCUGAAUUUGUUCGUGGUCGUACGAGUGUUUUUGAUUAUGAGCGUCCCGGUAGGCCAAAUCAGCACGCCGGAAAUGAUCAACAAAGUCCAUCACAUGAUUAUGGCAGAUCAUCGAAUUAA